CCGACAUCAUGUGUACCUGGCACACUCGUAUAAAUCCACCCUAUACCCUCGUCCAUUCUCCUCUUCAACAAUCACAAGCCUCUCAAGUCAUACAAGAAUCUUAGCAACUACAAUACAUUCAUUCAUAAACAAGAAACCAAGGACAAGCUCCCACCACCAACUCUCUCUUUACCACACCUUCCAAGUUCUGCGAUCGCUAGGGAACAGGGGCCGUCAAAGCGUUGUACCUGCGCGGUAUUCACCAAGUAUUUUCCUAAACACUUACCAUCAGACUAAAGAUUCAUCUUGCUGCUGAAUCGUUGAGCCGUUGGGUGAUUUCCUCAAAUAAGCAAGGAAAGCAAGAGAUCUAGGAAAGAACCGCCAAACUGCUCUCCUUAGAAAUCAUCUCAUCUGCGUUGUCGGAACCCGACGUCCAUUCUCUUCGCUCACGCAGUCUCCUCGUCGUCGAUUUACUGUUCGUUGCGCUUGCAAUCUUCCUUGCAUUUCACUCUUACACCAGUAGUCUUCCAGACGUUGAUUUCCUACCAAUUUCCCACACCGACUCAGCCAAGAUGUUGUGCUUCCCGGACAGCAUCCGCGUCUACCGCCACGUCUUCUACCACCGUGUUUCCAAAUAUUCAUUAUUGGAGAAGUCCACUACCUGUUAUCCGGAGAAAAUCUACAGAACAACACCAUACUAUCCUACCAGGCCAUCGUACCGGAGAUAUACUUGCUCCCCAUCCUCCCGAUGGUCUUCAUCAUGGAGGCCAUCGUCACGGACGUCCUACUGUGAGAUCCGCCCAUCCGGAUAUGAAUGGGGGUCGAACUGGAGGUGUGGAUACUGGUGAGGAUGAUGGUGGCGCAGAGCUAGGGCCGCCCUUUCCAUGAAUGCAGAGAGCAGGUGUAUGGUGUUUCUCGAUUUAACACGGUUUCAACUCGUGGUGUGCAAUAUUGGACACUUUCCGGAGCAUUUGGAUGUCAUACUAUGGGAGGCGUAUUCGGUCGCUUUUUGCCCUUUUCUUUGGUUCUGGAUAUUUUGCUUAUAUUUCGGAUAUUUCCAAGAUACCCAAUAGAUUGGAAUCAUGGGUGGGAGCUACCAGACUGCCACGAUUGAUGUUUUUCAUAUGUUUUGACUGGAUGAUGUACAACGUACCUUAAUAAUGGAUGAAAUAUAACAAC